UAGAGCAGUACCAGUUUAUUUUAGACUAUAGUUUUCUCUGGAAUAAUUCGAUUAUUACACUCCUACACUUUGAAUAUAGCAUGGAUUCUCAUUAUAUAUACAUACUGAUAUGUAACAAACCCCUUGAUACAUUUCCUAGGUCCAAAAUUUAAUUACGUGGGAAUCUUAUUAUCUAGCUAGAUAUCAGACAUGGUUAGACAGAAUGUCACUCAGUUGUUUUGAGCUGAGGAAAUUGCGAUAUUUCCUCCAAGGCUUUUAAAAUGCUGGCAGUCAAUUGGGAGUUUAGUGUGUUGCGCAAGUUUUGACCAAGAUUCGCUUCUUCCAUCAAUCAAAAAAAUGGCGGCCAUUGACGAAGCAGCUUUGUGAUAGGAGAAGAGACGCGUUCAAGAAAUGCCGCCAUUGAACACAACCUCCAUAUCACCGCUGAGCACCAGGCCUAACGCGAGCGAUAGCUGCUUCGUGCACGACACGGCUGAGACUCGCACGGGGAGACUAUGGGGCUAUAUCCUCAUCUUCCUUAUCUCGGUUGUCUGUAACAGUCUAGUCACUCACUCUGCCCUCAAGGACACCAUCAUACGCAAGACUGUCAAUCACCUCGUCGCCAAUGUCUGCAUCGCCAACCUCCUCCUUACUAUAGUCUACAUGCCCCGGAUGAUGAUCAUGGUGACCCGCGGGUCGGAAUGGCUGGUUGGCGGGACUGCGGGACUGGCAUUGUGUAAGAUGGUGCCGGUCAUCCACCACGUGUGUAUACUGGUCUCUAUACUCUCAUUAAUGAUUCUGAGUAUAGACCGUUAUCUCAGCAUAGUGUACCCCACGGGGAAUGUCCUCGAGCGUAGGCUGAAUUAUCUUAUCGCCUUCAUGUGGGUGGUAGCAAUUGCGGCUCGAAUCCCUACACUGUACGCACUACAGAUCGAAGAACACUCCAAGGGCAAGUUCAACUGCGGGGUUAGACUGAUCAAGGCAUUCAACAGCGAGGACGCGAGGGACACCUACUACACGUUCUUGCUCGUCACCUGCUAUGCUCUACCGCUUGUUACCAUGGUCGUGUUCUACAUAGUUGUAUUCUGUUAUCUGCGCAGGAAGGAAACUGUUGAUGCGCGCUGCAUAGAUGAUCCCACGCGCGAGGCUAGAUUCCGCGCGGCACGCAAUUCCAUCCUCGUGAUGCUCGUGUGUGCAUCCGUCACUUUCGUCAUCUGCUGGGUCACGUACUUCGCGGCGCAGAUCGCGUACGACAAUGUUCCUUGCGGGCUUAGAUUCUGGCGGUUUUUUCUCGCGCAUUGUAAUAGUGCUAUCAGUCCGUGUCUGUUUCUGGCGUUUAAUCGCGGCUAUCGCGAGCUGGUCGGACGCGCGUUUAUUUACACGUGCUGCACGCUUUGUGAAAUCGCGGAAGACGACGAGAACGAUGAUGAUCAUGAGAGGGGGAGGGAAAGGGAAGACAAGGUACCUGGUCCUGAAAUGAUAAGCAUAAGAAAGCUUGAUAAACAUAAUUUGUAAAAUAAGCCCAACUGGACUUGAUUGCAGUGUAUGCUUUCUCCACUUGACAUGGGGUGUGCUAUGCGACGUUUUGAAAAAGCCUUUUGUCAUAAGUAAAUGGUUAAAUGGCCUCAGAGUGUGUCGCCCUUGGAGUGUUAAAAAGUGUGUCCCAUCUAUUCAAAAUCUGUCUGGAAAUAAAAUACCAAAGUAGAAAUA